AUGUCUGACACCCAGCAGGCCCUUAAAAGCAGUUAUUAUAGCAUACCUGUUCCAUUACAGAGAGACACGCAUCGUUCUGAGGUCACAAAAACGUGUAUCUACAGGGCAGCCGUCUCCGUGGCCGCCGUCCUGACCCGGGCCUUGAACAACCGGACAGAGAACGCUCAGCCGCCACCGCCAGGCAAGGGCAGCUUCGGGCUGGAUGCUCCGCUGAGCGCGGGGUGGGCGCUGCAGGCACCCACCCGGCUGCAGCCUCCAGCGAGCGUGGUGCUGAUGGAGCGCCGCGGGCAGCGCUUUGCUGCGGCUGCUGGAGGAGCUGGGGCCUCGGCUCUCCCAGGCCCGCCAGCCUCGUGGAAGCCUAGCCGAGAGGGCAGAGACAAGGAAAAACCUAUCACUUGUAUCAUGUACACAAACCCCAUCUUAAGGCAGUUUGCUUUGAAAGAGGUGAUUUUACGUGUUUCAAUGUUAGAAGCUUCCGGUGGAGGGGGGCGCACCCCCAGGGCCCCACGGGCUGCGGGCCUACUCCCCAGAUCCCAGUCGCUGGGGGUCGCGACCGAAGCAGGGCGGGAGGAGGUCGUGCCACCCGGGGAGGGUGUGGAAGCAGCCUCUGCCUCUGCGGCAGCAGACAGCAGCCUGAAAAAUGGCUUUCAGCGUGAAACUGGUGGGGAGAAGGCCCUAGAAACCUGUGGCACAGAGCGGUCGGAGUCUGAGCUGAUGAUGACUGGGACAAAGGCCGCGGAAGCGAGGACUGAAAGGGGCACCAUCUUCUCAGAAGCAGUGGACGAGGAGGAGAGGGUUGAAGUGGAGGAGAAGCCAGUGGCUGAGGAAAUGGAAGUGGUGGAGAAGCACAGAGGGGUAAACGAGGUGAAGGACGAGGCAAGGCCCCGGCAGAGUGAGGGUCUCCACCUGAAUCCCCUGGAAGCCAUCCAGCUGGAACCACACCCUCAGGCUGACCGGGCCUUCCUCCAGUUCGGGCGCAAUUUUGGGCGCAUGUGUCAACACUACCUACAGUGGAGGUACAUCCUGGGCUUCUGAGUCACUACCGUUCGGAACCACCCACAGCUAUCUGCCCUGAUUAGAGGCAGAGGUGCAGAGAUGUUCAGGUACGUAGCAAAUUAUAAGGUGAAGGAACUCAGACAUCCUAGGACGGGGUGCAAGUUCAAGUUCUUCUUUCGAAGAAACCCAUAAUUCUUCUUUCGAAGAAACAACUGGAUUGUGAAGGAAUACGAGGCCAGAUCCUCGGGGCACGUGGUGUUUCUUUCCACUCCGAUCAUACGGCACCCGGGCCAUGAACCCCAGGCCUUUCUUCCUAGGAACCAAGACCUCAUGUGCAGCUUCUUUGCCUGGUUUUCAGACCACAGCCUUCCAGAGUCUGACAGGAUUGCUGAGAUUAUCAAAGAGGACCUCUGGCCAAAUCCACUGCAGUACUACUUAUGGGAUGAAGGAGCCCAUAGGGCUAGACUUCUCCAGACAAGGGAGCCAGCGGAGAUACCCAGGCCCGUUGGGUUCCAAUCUGGUUAACCUUUGCUCUUGGAAAUACUCCCACACAGGUCCCCUACCACCUCCUGCCAGACCUAGGCCUUAGCAACAGCAAGGGUAUGCCUUUGACUGAUUUUGUGCUCACCUUUCUGCACCUUCCCUCCACUGGACAU